GUAUCUGCAAUGAUUAAAUACUACAUUAUAGACUAGGAUAAUGCAAACAUAUGCAUUAGAUGGUAGCACAACUAGUCUGGAACACCUGAUUUGGAUGCCUGAUUCAAGUGACUUCCGUAUGCUGCAGAUGUUUAUAUACAUUCAUUGAAUUAAAGUGCGACCCUUACAACUUUACUAUUUUCUAGUUCCGCUUGUUCGCCCCCCCUCUCCACAUUUUGUUUCAGGUAGAAAACAUCAUGGAUAAUCUCUUUUAAGUAUGAAACAUUUGUCUAUUGUUUGAGAGCGUGGUGGAGUGAAGAUCGUGGACAACAGAUAGAGGGCGCCGUGUGGCGCUUUUGCCUGGCCUCAGCCUCAGAUCUUUUUGUCUGUGAGAUGUGGAUCCCGCUGCCGUUACAGUGUGUGUAAGCUUGUAUGGAACCGCGUCCGUAACACACUGUCAAACCACUCCAAAACCAACACAAUACUAACCUAAACAAUUCAUUUAUGAAGCAAAACUACGUAAAUGUUCUUUUUCAGAGAAAAUCGGUGUCAGUUCUGUCUUUCUUCGGACAGCUCAAGAAGGAAUAAUUUGAGGUCUCCCUGUGUGUUGUUUGUAUGCAGUCGUUAUCACUCUUAUUUCUUUAACUUUUUAAAACACUUAGCUUCUCGUCAAUGACUGAGCGCCGGCGGAGUAUGGGAACAUUGGUAUCUUAGGAACCGAAUGAGUGGGAUUUUAAUUGAUUUUUAACCUGUUUUAACAUGGCAAAUUCGACGGGAAAAAAACAACCAGAUCAACGGAGGAAAGGACUAGCUUUCCUGGACGAGCUGCGACAGUUUCACCAGAGCAGAGGGUCUCCUUUUAAGAAGAUCCCAGUGGUGGGUGGAAAAGAAUUGGAUCUUCACGCUCUCUACACCAGAGUCACUAGUUUAGGCGGAUUUGCAAAGGUUUCUGAGAAGAACCAGUGGGGAGAAAUUAUAGAAGAAUUUAACUUCCCAAGAAGUUGUUCGAAUGCUGCUUUUGCUUUAAAACAGUAUUACUUACGCAAUGGGAACAUUUUCUGCUGUGUUUGGAGAUGAAUGGAAAGAAAAGACAGACAGAGACUUUGUAAAGUUUUGGAGAGACAUUGUAGAAGAUGAUGAAGUACGGGACCUUAUUUUUGAUCGAAAUAAACUAUUAGAUGGCUUAGCUGAGAGCAGAUGGGAUCCUUUAUUUCAUCCACCCCGUAAGCUGGGCAUUAAUGACAUUGAAGGGCAAAGAGUAUUGCAGAUUGCUGUGAUUCUGCGAAACCUUUCAUUUGAAGAAGGGAAUGUUAAACUACUGGCAGCUAAUCGCACUUGUUUGCGCUUUCUCUUGCUCUGUGCUCACUGUCAUUUUGUGUCAUUAAGGCAGUUGGGACUUGAUACACUUGGAAAUAUAGCUGCUGAGCUUCAGCUGGAUCCUGUUGAUUUCAGAACUACUCACCUUAUGUUCCAUACUGUUACAAAAUGCUUAAUGUCAAGGGACAGAUUCUCAAAAAUGAGAGCUAUGGAAAUUUUGGGAAACCUCUGUAAAGGUGAAGAUAAUGCUGUUUUGAUUUGUGAAUAUGUGGAUCAAGACUCUUACAGAGAGAUAAUAUGUCAUCUCACUUUACCUGAUGUACUGCUAGUAAUCUCUACACUCGAGGUGCUGUACAUGUUAACAGAACUUGGAGAUGUGUCCUGCACCAAGGUAGCUGGAGUUGAAAAAAGUAUAGAUGUACUGGUUUGCUUGGUUUCUGUGGACAUUCAGUCAUUUGGACCUGAUGCCCUGACAGCCGUGAAGCUGGUUGAACAUCAGAGCUCCAACAACCAAGUUGUAUCUGAAAUUAGGCCACAGACAGUAGAGCAUAUUCCAUCGCAACCCCCAGCACCUAGAGCUGGUCUGCCGCCUUCACUUAAUGUGCCACCAACACCACCACCAGGGAUUGUUGAAAUUGAUAGUGAGAAGUUUGCAUGCCAGUGGUUAAAUGCGUAUUUUGAAGUGAAUUCAGAUUUUUCAGUCUCUCGAGCUGAAAUGUACUCUGAAUACCUUUCAGCUUGUAGUAAAGUGGCUCGUGGUGGCAUCUUAACAUCAACUGGCUUUUAUAAAUGUCUUAGGAGUGUCUUUCCAAACCACACAGUAAAGAGAGUAGAGGAUGCGAAUAGCAAUGGGCAGGCUCACAUACAUGUAGUGGGAGUGAAAAGGAGAACCUUACCACUCCCUAUACAGAUGUACUACCAGCAGCAGUCGACCUCUUCUGUAAGUGGUGUCCGGGUUGAAACAUCUUCAGAUACUUCUCAGACAUCACCUGCAACAGGUAUCCCACAUGGACCACAGAGUAUGGGAAAUUCUGUUCAGAAGACGCCUGUUGCCACCCAGUCUCCAAAUCCAGCAGUAUCGCAAAUGAUAUUCCCAGUUCCAGGAGCAGAGAGUGGAACUCAUGCUGUUUCUAGAAUUGCUCAAAGUCCACCAGUUCAGCAACAGCAAAACCUUGCAGUGACUGUUCCUCAAAAUAAAAAGACACUUUCUUCUGAAAUAGUUAAAGCUACAGUAAUCCAAAGUUCGGUUCCUCAUUCAUCUGUUCCUGUUAGUGUUUCUGUAGGAGGAACUCCGUGUUCUGUGGUCCAGAAUCAUAACACUUCUCAGCCUUCAUUCACUGUUGUUAGCCAGCCAUUAUUACAUCAACAAUUACUUCAUCAGCAGACCCCAUUAAGUACUGUUGCAUCUGGUCAGAUACCCUCUUGUACCCCUGUUACAGUGAUUCAGCAAGCUAUUCCUCAAGCCCAUAUCUUUGGAAGAAUGCAGAGUAUACCAGCUGCAUCUGCAUCACAAGGACAACCAUUAACUACACCCUCUCACACUGUGCAGGCUCCAUCUCAUCAGACAGUAGCAACUAGUCAGCAACAAGAUACGGUCAUAAUAGCACCUCAGCAGUACGUGUCCGCUUCAUCAGCUAAUAUUAUGUCUGCUGCUACAGUGCAGAACUUCCAGGUUACUUCCGGACAUGUAGUCAAUAUUACGGGUGUUCAGACCUCUCAGACAUCUAGAGUAGGCUUCCAGACUAUUGCACCAAAACCUAUACCUCCUCAGCAAGUGUCAUCUGCUAUUGUACAGCAGUCCCAGCAGCAGCAGGGCCCCCAGCAAAGUGUAGUGUUUGUUAGUCAGUCAUCUCAGCAAGGACAAGCUUAUGCACCUGCCAUUCAUCAGAUUGUGCUUACAAAUCCUGCUACUGUUUCGAGUGGGCAAACAGUUCAGCUGACCGGCCACACAUCUAUCACACCAUCCUCAUCAUCUCCUGGUCCAGUUAGUAGUAAUCAGGUUUCUACAGUAAUAACAUCUCCUCCUUCAGCGCCACAGUCACAGGGCCCUCCUCCAACAGUAAGCCAGAUGCUUUCUGUAAAGAGAGUACAGCAGCAGUAUACAUUACCCCCUCAGCAGAAGCAGCAACAGCAGGUUCAGAUGCAAGUCCAGCCACAGCAACAGCAGCAGCAGCAAGUUCAGCUGAAUGUUCAACCACAGCCGCAGCAGCAGCAAGUUCAGUUGAGUGCUCAGCCACAGCAGCCACAGCAAGUUCAGCUGAACGUUCAGCCGCAGCAGCAACAAGUUCAGCUGAAUGUGCAGCAGCAGCAGCAGCAGCAGCUUCACUUGCAGGUCCAGACACAUCCGCAGCAAGUUCAUUUAGUUCAGUCUCAGCAGCAGCAGGCAUCCCAAAUUCAAGUCAAGUCCCUUCAACAGCAGCCACAGUUACUUCACCACCAUCAACAACAGGCACACUUGCAUGUUCAGCACCAUCAGCAGCAAACACAAUUCCAGGUUCAGUCCCAUCAGCAGCAAGUGCAGUUGCAGGUUCAGUCCCAUCAGCAACAGGCACAAUUGCAAGUUCACUCCCAUCAGCAGCAUGUACAAUUUCAAGUGCAGCCCCAUCAACAGCAAGCCCAUUUGCAGGUCCCAUCACAUCAGCAGCAGACACAGUUGCAGGCCCCUUCACAUCAACAGCAGACACAGUUGCAGGCCCCUUCACAUCAGCAGCAAGUGCAAUUGCAGGUCCCAUCACAUCAGCAGCAAAUGCAAUUGCAGGUCCCAUCGCAUCAGCAGCAAGUGCAGUUGCAGGUCCCAUCGCAUCAGCAGCAAGUGCAGUUGCAGGUCCCAUCGCAUCAGCAGCAGAUGCAGUUGCAGGUCCCGUCGCAUCAGCAGCAGGCGCAGUUGCAGGUCCCGUCACAUCAGCAGCAGACGCAGUUGCAGGUCCCGUCGCAUCAGCAGCAGAUGCAGUUGCAGAUCCCGUCGCAUCAGCAGCAGACGCAGUUACAGGUCCCGUCGCAUCAGCAGCAGACGCAGUUGCAGGUCCCGUCGCAUCAGCAGCAGACGCAGUUGCAGGUCCCGUCGCAUCAGCAGCAGACGCAGUUGCAGGUCCGUCGCAUCAGCAGCAGGCGCGGUUGCAGGUCCCGUCGCAUCAGCAGCAGACGCAGUUGCAGGUCCCGUCGCAUCAGCAGCAGACGCAGUUGCAGGUCCCGUCGCAUCAGCAGCAGACGCAGUUGCAGGUCCCGUCGCAUCAGCAGCAGGCGCAGUUGCAGGUCCCGUCGCAUCAGCAGCCGACGCAGUUGCAGGUCUCAGCUCAUCAGCAGCAGGCCCACAUACAAGUUCAUCCCCAUCAGCAGCAGCCCCAGUUCCAUGUUCCACCUCAACAACAGGUUCAACUGCAAGUCUCUUCACACCAACAGCAGGCUUCAUUGCAGGUUCCACCCCACCAACAUCAGGCUUCAUUGCAGAUCCCACAAAGCCAACAGCAGACACAGAUGCAUGCCCCACCCUACCAACAAGUUCAUUUGCAGAUACAGUCUCAUCAACAGCAGCAGUCUCCAUUACAAAUUCCUUCUCAUCAGCAGCACACCCAUUUGCAUGUUCAACCUAGUCAUCAGCAUGCACAGCUGCAAGUUCAGCCCCAUCAGCAGCAGGUUCAACUGCAGGUUCAACCCCAUCAACAGCAAGUUCAGUUGCAAGUUCAGUCUCAACAGCAAGUUCAGCCCCAUCAGUUGCAAGUUCAUUCUCAGCAACAGAAUGUUCAGUUGAAAGUUCAGCCCCAUCAGCAGCCAGUUCAGUUGCAAGUUCAGCCUCAUCAGCUGCAAGUUCCAUCUCAUCAGCAGCAAGUUCAGCC